GAAAGCAUGAUUUCUGAUAAAGGAAUAGCAAUCAAAUUUCUUCUUUUUGUUCUAGUUUGUGUCUUUGUUUCAGGAGAUGACACAGAAGUGAGAUGCAUAGAGAGGGAGAGAGAAGCUCUUCUGAGCUUCAAGAACAGCCUCAUCGGUGAUGAUGGUAUUCUCUCGUCAUGGCGAAGUGACGAAUGCUGCGAAUGGUACGGUGUUGAGUGCAGCAACACCACUCGCCAUGUCAUCGCCCUCCAACUUAAUGCUUGUGAUUUGGAAGGUGGAUUGCAAGGUAAGGUUGGUUCUUCCUUGCUUGAGUUGCAUCAUUUAAACUAUCUUGAUCUCAGUUGCAAUUAUUUUGGAGGCAAUCCAAUCCCGGAAUUCAUUGGUUCCAUGAAACAAUUACAACACUUAUUUCUCAAGUAUUCUCACUUUUCUGGGAUCAUUCCUCCUCAGAUACGUAACCUUACCAACCUACGCUCACUUGAUCUCUCAUAUAACUCUUUGACGACUGAGAAUCUCGAUUGGCUUUCAAGUUUCUCUUUGUUGUCUUUUCUUGGUUUGAGUCAAAUCGACUUAAGUCACACCAAUUGGCUGCAGCAUAUCACAAGUCUUCAUUCCCUAUAUGAGUUGCACUUGAAAUCUUGUGGCCUCAAGGAUAAUAAACCUUCUUCUAAUUCUUCUUCCACAUCUCUUCUUUCUAUCAUUGAUCUGUCAUAUAAUAACCUCACUUCUUCCUCGUUCGAUUGGUUAUCUAACAUGAACACAAGUCUAGUGGAAAUAGACCUGUCAGGCAAUGCUUUUGGUGGCCCGAUUCCUAUUGCAUUCAUAGAGAGUUUGGUUCUUAUUGAGCAUCUUGAUCUUUCUAGUAACAUGCUUCAAGGUCAAAUCCUACAAUCUUUGUGCAAUCUCAGUCGUCUGCGCGUCUUAGUCCUUUAUAAAAAUGAAAUUAGAGGAGAGCUUGAUGAGUUGUUUGGAAAUAUAUCCGUCAAAGGAAUUUUGGAAUCACUCCAAAUUCUAGAUUUGGCUGAUAAUAAAUUCAAUGGUUUAGUGCCAGACUUGAGAGCAUUUUCUGCAUUGACAGAAGUGUACCUUAGGGGAAACAACUUCACGGGCUCCACGCCUCUAAGUAUUGGCCAACUCUCCGAGCUUCAAGUUCUAGAUCUUUCUAAUAAUUCUUUGGAAGGUUUAGUCUCUGAAUCCCAUCUCAUCAAACUUGACAAGCUAAAGAUACUAGAUUUAUCUUACAAUUCAUUGACCUUGCAUAUUGCCCCUGAUUGGAGUCCUACUUUUCAGUUGCAUAUGAUAUUUUUAGGAGGAUGCAAUGUGGGCCCAUCUUUCCCAAAAUGGAUCCAAACUCAGAGGAAUUUGUCAUACCUUGAUCUCUCUAGAGGUGGCAUACGAGAUGAAGCCCCAACAUGGUUGUGGACUAUAUUCCCUUCAUUAGACACCAUAUAUCUCUCUGACAAUCAAAUAACUGGUUCUAUUCCUAAUCUCUCAUCCACUUCCAUCAUAUACUUAGAACUUAGUAACAAUAGAUUCUCAGGUCCUAUUCCAUUAUUUUAUGCCAAUGCUCGUACUAUUCAGUUGAAUGGAAAUAUGUUCUCUGGUUCAAUUUCAUCUAUUUGCAAACUUCCCCACCAUCAUCUUUGGAGCCUUGACCUCUCCAAUAAUAAGCUGGUAGGAGAGGUUCCCGACUGCUGGGAGAAAAUGCCAGCCUUGUUCUCUUUGAAUUUGGCCGACAACAGUUUUUUGGGUGAAAUUCCUCGCUCUUUCGGCUCUUUAGUUCAACUCAAUACGCUGCGGUUGCGCGGUAAUAAUUUAUCUGGAGAGUUGCCUUCUAGUUUGAGAGUUUGCCAGUAUUUGAGGUUAGUUGAUGUUGGAGGGAAUGAGUUAACAGGAGAGAUCCCUACUUGGAUUGGCGAGAUGUAUAACAUGGAAAUUCUAAAUCUUCGCGGGAAUAAAUUGCAUGGCAGUAUUCCUCCUCAGAUUUGCAAUCUCACUGAUAUUCGAAUUCUGAACUUGUCGUCUGGGAAAAUACCUGAUUGCUUUAAUAAUUUUACUCAGAUGGUUGAGAAGAAUACCAAACAAGCUUAUCCGUCAGUUGGUCUUAGUUAUAUCUACAUAUCCCAUUACAGUGAUAAUCUUCCAAAUAAAAAAUUUCGACUUUUCUAUGAAUAUUUGUCAGUUCAAUGGAAAGGUCGAGAAUGGGAAUAUAGGAAAAAUCUCAAACUUCUCAAACUCAUUGAUCUUUCAAGCAAUAGAUUGAGCGGAAGCAUUCCCAAAUCAUUUUCCAGUAUGCUUGGAUUAAUUUCCUUGAACCUAUCAAGAAAUAGUUUGUCAGGAAAUAUAAAUCGAGAUAUUGGUGAGAUGGAGAUGCUAGAAUGUCUUGAUUUAUCACACAACCAAUUUUCCGGUGCAUUACCCACAAGCUUGCCACAAUUACACUACUUGGCCGUUCUCGACUUGUCGAACAACUUCUUAUUCGGGAAAAUUCCAACGAGUACUCAACUUCAGAGCUUCAACGCAUCUGCUUAUGCCGAGAAUGAUGGACUCUGUGGGCCCCCUCUGCCGGCAUUGUGCCCCGAAGAUAGCUUGAGGCCAUCCACCACUAAUCCGGGUGAAAACAUGAAUGAGAAAGACGACAACGGCCUCUCAUUUAUGCAAGAAGUUGGCAUAUCAAUGGCCUUUGGUGUUAUUUUUGGAUUUUGGGGAGUUGUUGGUACUUUCAUACUCAAGAAAUCAUGGAGAAUUGCAUACUUCAAUUUCUGGGAUGCUGUUGGAGAUUGGUUCUACGUGAAGAUUGCUGUGUUUGUGUCCAAAUGGAGACGGAGCUGAAAUACAAAUACAGGAUUGGUCGUGGAUAGCAUAAGAAGAAAUGAGGAAGAACUACUGCUUAUUAAUUAUAGUGCAAUUGUUAUGUGUUUUUUCUACUUUAAUUUUGUCAUAGUUCAUCAUAUACCUACCAACACAUUUCAGCCAGG